CGGCUCGGGCCGCGGCCCCAGCUGAUCCUCUGCUCCCGAGGCGAGUGCCGCGGCCUCGCGAGGUGGCGGGGGCGUCAGGGACGGCGGCCGAGACCCGCGCCGCCCAUCUGAGCGGGGCGGGCGCUGCGUGGCCAGGAAGCCGCCCCAGAGCUGCUCAGGGAGCCGUCGGGGCCUAUUUUUGCCUUUCUCCUCCAGGACCGUCGGCCCGCGCGCCCCAUUUAUCUCUGCAGAGACCGCGACGCCCCCUCCCGGGCCGGGCCGCGGUGCCCGCCCGCCUGAAAGGCGCCGCCCGCCGGUCCGAGCGAAUCUGGAGCCGCCGCCGCCGUGCCCGCCGCGCCUCUCGCGGAGCCUGGGUGGCCGGCGGGGCCUGGGGCCUGGCGGCGGGCCGCUCCUCCCCGAGCUGGGCCCGGGGCCUGGCGGAGCCGAGCGCCGCGCCCUCCUGACCAGCCGCCGCGGGAGCCCGGCCGCCGCCCGCCGGCCCCAGCCGCCUCCCCAGCCCGCCGCCCCUCCGGCCCCGGCCUCCCGCCCAGCCUUCCUUUGUGGAUCUGAAUGAUUUGGGGGGCCUCCUCCUUCCCCCUUGAGAUUACGGUGCUGGAAGACCGACCCCGCCACCUCGGUCAGAGCCCCCCGCCGGGGGAGACGUCCCUCGUUUUGUUCCCCGAGGGCCCACCCGCGCCCCGCUCCUUUCGGUGUUUGACUGAUGGGUUUUUUUUAGUGUUUCCCCCCCCCCUUUAUGUCUCUCGCCUCUCGACGGGAAGGCCCCGCGCGAGGCUCUGCGCCUCUGCCCCUCCCCGUCUCUUCCUCAACCCCGCACAAAUAGCCGAACCCCCUGCCCCCGGGCCGGCGAUGGCGCGACAGUGAGGGCGGCGAGGCCGGACCACGCUGGGAUAGUGCCCGCGCCCCGGCGGGCGUGAGCACACACUCCCCCGCUCCGCGCCCCUCUUUUUCGUCUCCUGAGCUCUCCGAGAAGAGAGAAGACGCAGGGGAAGAUGUGGCUGAAGCUGUUUUUCCUACUCCUCUAUUUUCUGGUCCUGUUCGUCCUGGCCAGGUUUUUUGAGGCCAUUGUGUGGUAUGAAACUGGCAUCUUUGCCACCCAGCUGGUGGAUCCGGUGGCGCUGAGCUUCAAGAAGCUGAAGACCAUUCUGGAGUGCCGGGGGCUGGGGUACUCGGGGCUGCCCGAGAAGAAGGAUGUCCGGGAGCUGGUGGAAAAGUCAGGUGACUUGAUGGAAGGUGAGCUCUAUUCUGCACUCAAGGAAGAAGAAGCAUCUGAAUCUGUUUCUAGUACCAAUUUCAGUGGUGAAAUGCACUUCUAUGAGCUUGUAGAAGACACAAAAGAUGGCAUCUGGCUGGUUCAGGUCAUAGCAAAUGACAGAAGUCCCUUGGUCGGUAAAAUCCACUGGGAGAAAAUGGUGAAAAAGGUGUCAAGAUUUGGAAUACGUACAGGCACUUUUAAUUGUUCCAGUGACCCCAGAUACUGCAGGAGAAGAGGCUGGUUGCGAUCUACACUCAUUAUGUCUGUCCCACAAACGAGCACUUCUAAAGGGAAAGUCAUGCUUAAAGAAUAUAGCGGACGCAAGAUUGAAGUGGAGCACAUUUUUAAGUGGAUAACUGCUCAUGCAGCUUCUCGGAUCAAAACCAUUUAUAAUGCUGAACAUUUGAAAGAAGAAUGGAAUAAAAGCGAUCAAUAUUGGGUAAAAAUAUACCUAUUUGCAAACCUUGACCAACCCCCAGCUUUCUUCUCUGCACUAAGUAUAAAGUUUACCGGAAGAGUGGAGUUUAUUUUUGUUAAUGUGGAAAAUUGGGACAACAAGAGUUUUAUGACAGAUAUUGGUGUAUAUAACAUGCCAUCAUACAUUCUUAGAACUCCUGAAGGAAUUUACAGAUAUGGAAAUCACACAGGUGAAUUUAUAUCCCUUCAGGCCAUGGAUUCAUUUUUGCGCUCAUUACAACCUGAAGUAAAUGAUCUGUUUGUUUUGAGCUUGGUUCUAGUUAAUCUUAUGGCUUGGAUGGACUUAUUUAUCACACAAGGAGCAACCAUAAAGCGAUUUGUGGUUCUCAUAAGCACUUUAGGGACAUACAACUCUCUGUUAAUUAUUUCCUGGCUACCUGUGUUGGGCUUUUUACAGCUCCCUUACUUAGAUAGCUUUUAUGAAUAUAGCUUAAAAUUGUUGCGAUAUUCUAAUACAACCACACUGGCUUCAUGGGUAAGGGCAGACUGGAUGUUCUAUUCUUCCCACCCGGCCCUAUUUCUCAGUACGUACCUUGGACAUGGUUUACUAAUUGAUUACUUUGAGAAGAAGAGACGGCGCAACAGCAACAAUGAUGAAGUCAAUGCCAAUAACUUAGAAUGGUUAUCAAGUCUGUGGGACUGGUACACCAGCUACCUCUUCCACCCAAUUGCUUCUUUUCAGAACUUUCCUAUAGAAUCUGAUUGGGACGAAGACCCUGACUUAUUCUUGGAGCGGUUAGCUUUCCCUGACCUUUGGCUUCACCCUCUGAUACCAACUGAUUACAUUAAAAAUUUGCCAAUGUGGCGAUUUAAAUGUCUUGGAGUCCAGUCUGAAGAGGAAAUGUCGGAGGGUUCUCAAGAUAUUGAAAAUGACUCAGACAGCGAGAGCACAGACACUUUUAGCAGUGAAAAGGAAGUAUUUGAAGAUAAACAAAGCAUAGUUCACAAUUCUCCAGGAAGAGCAAGUCACUGUGAUGCUGAGGCUUGUUCAUGUGCCAAUAAAUAUUGUCAGACCAGCCCAUACGAAAAGAAGGGGAGGUCAUAUGGAUUAUAUAAUGCUAAUGAAGAUAUGGAGCCUGAUUGGUUAACUUGGCCUGCUGAUAUGCUGCACUGUACUGAAUGUGUUGUUUGCCUAGAGAAUUUUGAAAAUGGAUGUUUGCUAAUGGGGUUGCCUUGUGGUCAUGUGUUCCAUCAGAAUUGCAUUGUGAUGUGGUUGGCUGGGGGCCGACACUGUUGCCCUGUUUGCCGGUGGCCUUCUUAUAAAAAAAAGCAGCCGUAUGCACAACACCAGCCCUUGUCAAAUGAUGUCCCAUCUUAACCAUGUGCAAUUUGUCCUUUAUAAGCUUUGAGUAUCUUACAGCUUGCCUUUUUAAUGUUAGUCACAAUGUUUUUGUGGUUUGAAGUUUAGUUUAAUGUUAGUGCAGUGACAGGAAAUACACAUUAUGCUAAUGUUGAUGACAAUUAUUUGGUUGCCUUGUGUGUCAAUUGAAUGCAUACUUAAUUGUAAAAAUUUUUAUUUACAACAUUGGAAAUUCAGAAGUUAAUGUUUUUUGUAAGCACAAAAGAAGUAUGAUAGAAAUUUAUCCUAGCAAGACUUUACAAGGUAGGAUCAAAUCCUAAUGGAAUUGAGGCAGUUUCUUAUCCUAAAUGUUUCCUCCCUUUUUACAAUCUCUGUCCAGCACCUCUUGAUUAAAUAAUGUAUGCUCUGAGACAUGAAAUUAAAACGGACCUAUGAAAUAAAUUAUUUUAAAACCAGAA